CAAAGGUCCAGCAUUCCCGUGUGGGACAGCGGGUGCUGAAACCUGCAACCUGCUACAGGAGAUCUGUUAGGCGGGUUGUUGACAGUGACUCCUGUGUCCUUCCCCAGGAAUGCCCUCUGCAAAUGCAUGUGUCAGCCUGGCCCUGUUUCCCUUCCAUCAGUGUGUGGGCAUGGGGGCUGAGCACCGGGCCUGGCCCGCAGCUACCCCUCAGCCGGCUGCGUGGGACUCGUGUCUGUUCCCCAUUGGCUCUGCCGUCCUCUCUCUUAUCUCUGUGCUGGGAGCCUGGCAGCCCCUGCUAUCUCCGCAGCACUGGCUUAGCGCCCGCUCCCCGUGAUGGGGGCACGGCUGCCGUUCACACCGACGAUAGCGAAGGCAGCUCUCCAGAGAUGUGCCUGGAGGUGAGGUCCCGGCCUUGGCAGGGCCGAUGCUUCGUGGAGCUCCUUUGCCUGCUGGCGCGUGCGACGGGCGGGGCCUUUCUUGUCCUGGUGGCCGCUCUUUCUUCCAGGCCACUCCCUGAGCCCCUGGCUCGUGAGCAGCGGUGGGAGUGCUGUCCCCAGGGCACCGGCGCCAUCGCUGUCCCUUGCUCAAGUGUGGUGGGAAAAGGUGACGUGUUCUCAGGAGCGCUGGGUGCAGCCCGCAGUGGUGUGGCAAGCAGAGCGUGACGCGCUACCAGGCGUGCGCCUCGGGAUUGUCGGUGACUAUUACCACUUCCGGCACCAUGCGGUAGUGAAACGUUCCCUCUCGCCCCACCGGUCCCGGCACAGCCAUUUGGCCAGGGAGCCCCAGGUGCAUUGGCUGGAGCAGCAGGUGGCAAAGCGCAGGACAAAGAGAGACGCCUUCACGGAGCCCACAGAUCCCAAGUUCCCUCAGCAGUGGUACCUGUACAACAUGAACCAGCGGGACCUGAAUGUGCGGGGGGCCUGGGAGCAGGGCUACACCGGCAGGGGGAUUGUUGUCUCCAUCCUGGACGAUGGCAUUGAGAAGAACCACCCGGACCUAGAGGACAACUAUGACCCCGGGGCCAGCUUUGAUGUGAACGACCAGGAUCCAGACCCACAGCCUCGCUACACACAGAUGAACGAUAACAGACAUGGCACCCGCUGUGCCGGUGAAGUGGCUGCUGUGGCAAACAAUGGGAUCUGUGGCGUGGGAGUGGCUUACAACGCCAGGAUUGGAGGCGUGCGCAUGCUGGACGGGGAAGUGACCGACGCCGUGGAGGCCCGCUCCCUGGGCUUAAACCCCAACCACGUCCACAUCUACAGUGCCAGCUGGGGCCCCGAGGACGAUGGCAAGACGGUGGACGGGCCGGCCCGGCUGGCAGAAGAGGCGUUCUUCCGAGGGGUCAGUCAGGGCCGGGCGGGACUGGGCUCCAUAUUCGUCUGGGCCUCUGGGAAUGGGGGCCGCGAACAUGACAGCUGCAACUGCGAUGGCUACACCAACAGCAUCUACACGCUGUCCAUCAGCAGCACCACCCAGUACGGCAACGUGCCCUGGUACAGCGAGGCCUGCUCCUCCACCCUGGCCACCACCUACAGCAGCGGCAACCAGAACGAGAAACAGAUUGUGACGACCGACCUGAGGCAGAAGUGCACAGAGUCGCACACGGGGACCUCUGCCUCGGCUCCACUGGCUGCUGGCAUCAUCGCACUGACCCUGGAAGCAAAUAAGAACCUGACCUGGCGGGACAUGCAGCACCUGGUGGUGCGGACCUCGAAGCCGGCGCAUCUCAACACCAAUGACUGGGCCACCAACGGCGUGGGCCGCAAAGUCAGCCACUCCUAUGGCUACGGCCUGCUGGACGCGGGGGCCAUGGUGACCCUGGCCAGGAACUGGACCACGGUGGGACCCCAGAGGAAGUGCAUCAUCGACAUCCUCACUGAGCCAAAAGACAUUGGGAAGCGCCUGGAGGUCCGGAGGAAGGUGGACGCCUGCUUGGGGAAGGCCAGCUCCAUCGGCAGGCUGGAGCACGUCCAGGCCAGGCUGACUCUCUCCUACAACCGGCGUGGCGACCUGGCCAUCCACCUCACCAGCCCCAUGGGCACCCGCUCCACCCUCCUGGCUCCCAGGCCUCACGACUACUCGGGCGAGGGUUUCAACGACUGGGCCUUCAUGACCACGCACUCGUGGGACGAGGACCCCUCCGGCGACUGGGUGCUGGAGAUCGAAAACACUAGUGAAGCCAACAACUACGGCACCCUGACCAAGUUCACGCUGGUUCUGUACGGGACCGCGACAGAGCCCACCAGCCUCUCCAACCGGCUCGAGAGCAGCGGCUGCAAAACCCUCACCUCCAGCCAGACCUGCGUGGUGUGCGAGGAGGGCUUCUACCUGCACCAGAAGAGCUGCCUGAAGCGCUGCCCCCCCGGCUUCACGCCCAGCCUGCAGAGUGCCCACUACGCCCUGGAGAACAGUGUGGAGCCCCGUCCCCCUCACCUGUGUGUGCCCUGCCACACCUCCUGCGCCACCUGCACGGGGCCCGUGGCCACCGCCUGCCUCAGCUGCCCAGCCCACUCGCACUACAACAGCCUGGACCGAACGUGCUCCCACCAGACGCAGAGCAGCCGCGCGUCGCCCGCCCUGGGCAAGGGCCAGCCCGAGGCACCUCCCGCCUCCAAACUGGCUGUCCUGGUGGCCAGCCUCAGCUGCGUCUUCAUCGUCCUCAUUUUCAUCACAGUCUUCCUGGUGCUGCAGCUGCGCUCGGGCUUCAGCCUGCGGGGCGUCAAGGUGUACUCCCUGGACAGCGGGCUCAUCUCCUACCGGGGGCUCCCUGCGGACCUGUGGCAGGAGGAGCUGCCUUCCGAGUCGGAGGGCGAGGACUGCGAGGCGCACAGCGAGAGGACUGCCUUCAUCAGAGACCAAAGUGCCCUUUGAGCCCCCCGGCCCCUCCCUGCCCUGCCCUGGCACAGCCCCCGGGCCAGGGAAGGCUGAGGGGCCCUGGACACUGCCCCGUCCUGCUCGGGUGAGGGCUUCACCAGCUGCUGGCACCGUCCUGUGGGCACCUCUGCUCCUGGGCAAGGGCAGCGGCUGCCCGGCCUGCUCUAGGGAGGGCCCCCUGGCACCGUCCUGGGCUCUCACCCCCACAGCAUCAGGCCCAGCCUCCACUUCUGUUUCUUUUAACUUGCCAAAGUGUUUUUAGCAUGGCCCCCCCCCCCCGCCCACCCCCCCACCGGCCCCAUGGGCCUGGUGAGGGUCUUGUCUGCCAGCCUCGCCUGUGCCCGUCACACCCAUGUGCUGGGGCAGGGGAAGCCAGAUGCGUGUCUCUCAGGGCUGGGGCUUCUGUCUGCUCAGGCUGGCUCUCCAGGCUGCUGGCUGCCCUCAGGCUGGGCACUGCGUCUCCAUGGGGGGCUCUGGUGGGGGGGUGAUGUGCUGUCUUCCUCUCCAGCCUUGGGCCCCCCCGGGCUUGUCCCCAUGUCAGGCCCAGGGCACUGGGCAAGCCCUGUUCUCUCUGUGACCCUCUCCCUUCUGGGGAGCAGCAGGGCUCCCUCAGCUCCAAGGCCCUGCCCGGGAGUGGCAGCUGUUUCCUGCUCUCUACAGCAAUAAUGGCUGGGCCACGGGCUGGGCUGGGCCACGGGCCGGGCUCCGCCAGAGCUGUGGCGCUGCGAGGAGGGAGCGUGAGGCUCUGCAGCGCUGAAGAGCCAGGAGCACAGUCUUGCCCGGGGCCGGUCCCAGGGUCCCCAGCCCUGCGGCGGCAUGCAGCAGCAUCCCCACUGCUCCCCGCCUGCUGGGGAAGUUUCCAGGGCCUUGCCCCAUGGGCCUAACCCCCUGCUGUCCCUGCCUGCGGCUGGCUGGGGGCCGGCUGCCCUUCCCUUGGCCAUGCAGUGCGUGGGGCUGGGCUGCUGGUACCCCACUUGCUGGACUUGGGCCAUGCAGCCAGGGUCAGUCCCUGGAGCCCACCGCAGAGGCACCGAGUCAUGGCGUGUCUGCCUGCCCUCCCCCUCCUGAUGUGCCUUGCCCCUCCCCUGUGGUGACAAUCUGUUUUGCUCCCCAGCUGGAGCCCCCCCCAGUCCCCUCCCUGUUCACAAGUCAUUUGCUCAUGGUGGCAGGGCAAGGCCUGGCCCAGGGUAAGUGGGGGGGGGGCUUCAGCGCAAUAUGCCCCUGCAAGGGGCCUGAGCACCAAGCCCAGAGCUGCACACCGCUCCGCCCCGCCAUGGGCCUUGGCUGUGGGUGCAGCCGCCUUGUUCUAGCCCCUGCAUAGGCUCCAGCCGGGCCGGGGGCAGGGCCCCCCACACCUGGUUUUUAUCAUAACUUUUUGGUGCACAGUAAUUUUUUCUUGUAAUUUAAUCAGGGAGGCGUUGCCUCCUGCCCCCGGUUCUUAAUUUAAUGGUUGUGGAUAUAACACUAGAGAGACUGAGAGUUAUUAAAUGUUCAGAACUAUGCAAA